GAGACUACAUUAGCAAGGUACAACCUCCUACCUGCAAGAGCUGUUCUCUGCGUAUGAGGUAGCAUGGCCAACAUGUCCCCCAUCAGAGCAGCCGGGAUCACACUUCCCAAGACGUAAUGUCGUCCCAUGGGAGUGAUGGCGAGAUCCACUCUGAUAUCAUGGUGACUGUGGAACGUUCAACUCCAUUGCAGGUACAAGUCACUGGAAGGUACUUAUAGCUACGAGGUAGCUCCCAGAGAUACAAUUCCUGUGUCUUCUUCCGCUACCAUUCCAUCAAGCACACACACACACACCAACCAGACAUCCACUUCCAUCUGCCACACCGCGCCAAUUCCAUAUCAAACCUACCACGAUGCCUCGCGACGGAUCAGGACACUCUCACAAUGCUGAGGAGGCCGGCCACAACAUCCAGCACGGUGCGCCGCAAGGUAACGAGCAGCCUACUUCCUCCGGUGUCGACCGCUCCGGCAAGGCUGCACCAGCGCCAGAGCCAGAGGCAGGUGAGGGCAUCGGCUCCACUGGCCAGGCUCAAGUGACGGGUACCACCGGCAGCGGCAAGGGACCACACGACGAGUCUCACGAGCCUGGCGAGCAUGCGGAGCAUUACGGGCCCGUGGUGGUCGAGAGGGAAUCAGGCGAACCCAGCAGACGCAAGAGCAGCGAGAGCAUUUCGAGCGCAGGCACGGAUGCAGACGCAGAUGCAGGAUAUGGAGAGUGCAAAGAAGGGACAGACACCCCGGAAGGGCAGCCUCACAGCGAGGUUGAAGAGCAAGCUCAAAAGUAA